CAUAAAAUUUUAAUAACUCACGUUUGAUCCCACGAAAUUUUUGCAAGAAAUUUUCUUAUUAGAAAUUUUUCGCAACUUUAUUGGGUAAAAUGUUGUUACAUUUUCGUUAAUUUUUAUAAUAAUAUAAUUUACCCUGUGCUAAGUUGCAUUUCUUUGAUUUCUUUCAACCUGUUAUCAGCAAAGAUUUUAAUUGAGUUUAGUUGCUAGAUAUUUUCUUUUUUUUUGUGUUUUUUUGCACCUUCAAAUUUAAAGAAUUAUUUAUUCAACGAAAUUCUUUUGUUGCUUAAGGUCACCACUUGAAACGUUUUGUUGUCCCUUAUUAACUUAAAAUAGUUUUAUGUCUAAGAAAAUGGAUAAAAAUUUAAAUGAAGAAAGUAAAGACGCCAUGGAAAUGGAAAGCAGGAAAGAUAUCGAGAAAGAAGCAACUAGAGAACCAGACGAUGAAUCCGACGAUGACGAAGAGGAAGGCCGAUUUAGAAUUGUACCGAAUGCGACUACCAUUUCACACGAUCAUCCGCAUCUCUUUCCAAAGAACUUGAAGUCUGAAAAAAUGGAUGAAAAUUUAAAUGAAGAAAUUAAAGAUGACACCAUGCAAACAAAAAGUCAGAAAGAGUCGAGUGCGGGAAGAGAUGGUGAAUCCGAUGAAAAGGCAGACGAAGGAAAAAAACAAGAAGGAGAAGCAGAGAAGGAAGCAGAAGCGGAAAAAGAAAAAGGAUCAGAAGGAGAAAAAAAAGAAAUAGUAAAGAGUCGAUUUAAGUAUAUGCCGAAUGCUACGACUAUUUCGAUGGAUAUUCCGCAUCUCUUUCCAAAGGUAUAUAAAUUUCUUUUCAAUGCGGUAAAAGAUAUCGAAAUCGAGAUAAAUCGCGUUGGACCAAGUUUUAAUUAUCACCCGAGCGUCUAUUAUAAUAAGACUUUCACAUUUCACAGUCUAUAUCUAAAUUAUUUUGUAAGAAAACAUUUGGCUACUAAACAUGAUGUGGAGCUUAGGGAUCGUCGUGCAGAGAUGGUGAUCGAAGAACCCGAUCGCUUUGAGACAGGUGCAAAUCCUAAACUAAAAGCAGCUAUCGAAAAACAUUAUAAAAUAUUUACUGAUAGAAAUACGAAAGCCAUUGAUAUUCCCUAUAGCAUUAAAGUGGUUUCGCUUUCGCAUGCAAUAUCUUUCCGCGAACGAGUGCCCGAAACUGAAUUUGAUACUUAUUAUGAUAAUCUGUUGGCCAUCGUCAAGUAUUUGGACAGCUUGGUCUACAAUAUGGUUGAAAUUAAUCCGAAAAUCGAUUGUGAAUACUUUCGUGCCGAACCGAAUAUAAUAUUCGAUGGUGAAGUAGUCUUUCAAAUUAAAGUUUCCAAAUUAAAAUCACUGGAUCGUAAUCGUGAGGUGAUAUCUAGUAGGAGAUUUGUCCAAUUGCUUUUAUAUUCAUUCGCUUAUUACAAACUAACUGGCAAAAAAAUUCUCAAGCUUGUGAUUUAUAAUCCCCUCUUGAGUUAUGAAUACGUAAUGGAAUUGGAUGAUAUUGAUUAUGAACUAUUCGAAGUAGCCUUAGAUAAAGAUGUAACAGCGUUUCAAAUAAAAUAUCCAAUGCUAUAUGAAAGUGACGAUUCAGACGAAAAAGGUUCAGAUAAUAAAGAAAAGGUGGAUGAAUAGAAAAUUAAUCACAUCUGGGAGUCGAAUAUGUUUUGUACAUAACGUCUGCAAAAAAUUGAAUACUUUCCUUGAGAACAUCAUGAGGGUCGUAUUAAUAACUAAGUGUGAGAAUGUUUUUUCAAAGACUGGUUCAAUUUCUGGUUAGCCUAAACAAAAAUAUAUUUUUUGAUUUACCUGCGUCCGUCUG